UCAAUAGCUGCAGGAAAAGAAAAUUUCCGUGAGGUGGGCGUGGCAUCGAUCGACAGCAUCGACCUGUCACCGCUUGCCAAUUUUCGUUGAGUGCGCGUCGAAAACUUCUGCUGCCAUUGACGUUGAGUGGACGUAUCUUGGACAUCGGGACAUAGCUCUUCUUCAGUUCUCUUCAACGAAAUUCAGUUCUCAACCAUGGCGGACGAUGCUGGGCUCGAUGUCGAUGCAAUGCUCGAAAAUGCUUUAGAGGGAAAAACGACAGGGGAUACAACGAAGGACACACCUGUCAAUGACAAAGACAAGGACAAAGACAAAGAUAAAGAGAAGGAAAAUGGCUCUGCGAAGAAAAAGAAGGACAAACGUAGCCGAUCACGGUCUCGCAGCCGUGAUCGUAAGAAGCGUAAGCGCAGUUCUAGUCGCGACAGGAAACGUAGUUCGAGCCGUGAACGUCGUCAUCGCCACAGCAGUUCGAAAUCGCGAGAUCGUAGACGCAGUCGAAGCAGGGAUCGGGAUCGAAGAAGAAGCAGGUCUAGGGAUCGCAGGCGCUCGAGGUCUCGUUCGCGCGAUCGCCGUCGCUCCUCUCGGGAUCGCGAUCGUCGUCGUCGUUCGCGAUCACGUCCUCGUGUCAUAGAUCAUCGUGACAGACGCUCGCCUAUGAGAAGAUCACCACCUCCGAGAAAUCGUCUACCAGGACCAGAACGUCGUGAUGUGAUGCCUUUCACUGCGCGUUCAUCACCACCACGCGGUGCUAAACUAGAUAUGACUGCUGAAGAAAGGGAUCAGAGAACAUUAUUCAUUUUGCAGAUUGCACGUCAAACGCGUCCACGUGAUCUAGAAGAAUUCUUCAGUGCUGUAGGCAGCGUACGUGACGUCCGUAUUAUCACCGAUUCGAGAACGGGACGUUCGAAAGGAAUUGCCUACGUUGAAUUUUGGGAAGAGGAAAGUGUACCGCUUGGGCUGGCUUUGAGUGGACAGAAACUUCUAGGAGCUCCUCUUGUCAUUCAACGCACAUGCGCUGAAAGAAAUCGUGCAGCAAACGCAACUAUCGGUACAAGUCUCGGCUUUGGUCCUGCUCCAUCCAAGGGUCCUUGUAAACUUCACGUAUCACAACUCCAUCCUAAUAUCACUGAGAGUAUGCUGGAUGGCAUAUUUGAUGCAUUCGGACGUGUGGAAAAGAUAGAGGUUGUCAAAGAUCCAGCUGGUAACAGUAUGGGUUACGGCUUUGUUACGUUCAAAUUGACUGAAGAUGCCACGAAAGCUAUGGAGCAGCUGAAUGGAUUCGAGAUUGCUGGUAAACCGAUCAAAGUCUCGGUUGUUGACGACGAUGAAGAGUCGAUACGGCAGCGGAGCUUGGAUGAUGUAGCCGACGAGAAACAAGGUCUAGCUCUUGGUCAAGGUGGUCGUAUUCAACUUAUGGCCAAACUUGCCCAAGGUAGAGGUACUGGAAUUGAACUCCCUCCAUCUGCUCAGCAAGCCUUGCAGCAGCAAUCUGCAGAUCCGACAAUCCCAGCAAUAGCUACCCAAUGCUUCAUGCUUUCGAAUAUGUUUGAUCCACGGACUGAGACUCGACCUACAUGGGCGACAGAAGUUCGAGACGAUGUCAUAGAAGAAUGUUAUAAGAAUGGUGGUGCACUUCAUGUGUACGUAGAUACCGCCAGUCCACAAGGCAAUGUUUACGUGAAAUGCCCAUCUGUGUCUGCUGCUCACAAGAGCGUUUCAGCUCUUCAUGGACGAUGGUUUAGCGGAAAGGUCAUCACAGCAAAUUAUGUUCCCGUAACGUCAUAUCAUGAACUUUUCCCGGAUGCUUUGGUAGCCAGGAACAUCCUCAUACCCAAGCCGAGCGAUCAGCUCUCGGGUACUACAUCGAAUUUUGCCGCUCCACCUCCUCCAGCUAUGCCUGGCUACGGAGUCCCCCCUCAGACCGGGGAGGUUGAGUGGAACAUGUUGCUUUCUUCUUCUCGUGCUUCGAUUGAGGAAUGGUGUACAAUUCUCAUUUUCGGGAAAAAGCACGAAAAUUCGCAUUUAAGUAAGAGAAGUCUUUCGACAUUGUUUGCGAGAUUUGUACAUGGAUGGAUGGCUUUGUUGUGUUUCAUUUUUUGAAAAUCUUCCUCCCACACCUAACACUCAUUUUCCUGAUAGGACUGGUUAUCAGGUUCAUUCAGUGUUUUUCUUUCAUUUUACUUUUUAUCUGCCUCUCGAGUAUAUUGUAAAAUAAAAAAAAAUAAAAUGAUUAACUUGACUUAGUAGUUCUGUAUUGAUCCAACUCUGAACGAUACAC